AUCCCAAAAAAUGCUCUGCAGUUCACUUUGUUAAAGGGAGAAAUAAAGACGUACUCCCUUUUAAUUUCGGUAUAGACAACAUUGCCAUUGUAAAUGAACUUAUUCAUUUAGGACUCCCUGUUACACAGAGAGACAUUGGUUACCACAUUGAGAAUGGUAUUUCCAAAGGUAGAAGGACUUUAUAUGCUACAGUCGACUGUAUAACUCCUGAAAAUUGUACUGUAAACCCCCUCUCAGCUUCCAAACUGUACUGGGCAGUGUCAAUUCCCACAGUUCUUUAUGGAGCAGAGGUUCUUGAAUACAAUGACUCCAGCCUGGGUAAACUAGAACGUUUCCAUACUCAAACAGCUAAACAUAUUCAAGGUUUACCAAAACAUACAACAGAUUGCGCAUCCUUGUUACAGAUAGGCUGGUGUGACAUUACUGAAGUUAUUGUAAUGAAGAAACUCGUGUACUUUUGGCAUAUAUUUAAUACUUGUGCUGGACAAUGUAAAGCUGUGAGUAUUGCUCGAUGGUACCUACAUUUUUAAAAAUAUUUAUCGUAGGGAUGUCAGUGUCAUCGCCUAUAGCUGAAAUAAUCAAACUAGGUACAAGGUUUAAUCUCUUAGAUAGAAUGAAGAGCUAUAUCGACCAAGGUAUUUUCCCCAAAAAGCAUCAUUGGAAGAAAAUUUCUAAAAAUGCGGUUUCCAAUUACUACAUAAAUAGAUGGCAUCUAAAAUGCAUGAUGUAUACUAAGAUUAAGACGUACAGAG